GUCAGGAUUAACACAGGUUCACCAACCUAAUAUCCUUAUUACUGAAGAUUGACUCAUUCUAAAAUAGCCUUGUGCUUUUUCAAACUCAAGGUCGACAGGUAUUUUCCCUCUUCACGCAAGAUAUAUACCCAUCCUUCAAGUGUUCUUUGAAACCUUCUUUCGUAUAUUGAAAUCUUCCACCGCAUGAAUUUUGAGUAUACAAAUGGAGACCUUUUAUUACGGUCAACUAAUACCUCUUCAAAGUUCGAUAAAACUUUGAAUUCCUUAUGGACUCUCGCUUAUGAAUCCAAUUACUUUCAUUACAAAAUUGAUACAUCAUUGAGUUCAGUAAAGAAAAUUUGUUCUGGAAAUGUAAAUAUUUUGAUUUUACCUAACAAUAAUCGAUUCAGCCAUCGGCGUAAACCACAACUAUUUAAGACCAUUAAUGAUCCACUUUCGUCCGAAUCCUUCAAUUUUAACAAAGUCCCAAAACAUGAAUUCUUGUUAAAUGUUUCUGAAAAGUAUACCACAAAAUCAUGUUCUAUACUGAUAAAUGUCAGUCCAUUUUCAUAUUUACAUUCUCUCUUGGUUCCGGAAGUAGAAAAAUGCCACAAUCAGGUAUGAAUGCAUAUUUUUUAACAAUUUCAGUUCCUUGGAAAAGACUCCUUUUACUCAGUAAUCAAGUGUUUUCUUUUGAGUAGCAACAGGUUAGUUUUACAUUCUUUCACUACUUAAGUCAAAUUGUUUGUAAAAGCUAUAUGAGCUAUAUUGUUGAAAAUAAUAUGAUCAUAUUUCUAUUGUUGGGACUUCCAGACUUUCGUGUUAGCCUAGGGUGAAUUUUUUCCCCAGUUUUUUUAUAUAUUACGGUUACUUUAAAGUCAUAGGAAACGAAUAACCUCAUGCAGAAAGGUACAUAAAUUAACUAAUUGACUGUCUCAAGUGUUUUUUUUUUAGGGCUAUCCAUCGUUGUUAUUUGACUAUGUCACAGAUAGUUUUUCAAAGUUAACAAUGCCGCGCAUUUUAGGAAUUGAUCCCCUAAUUAUUGACUGAGAGUAGAGAUAACUUGCAGUUUUAUGAAUAACUUUAAUAAUAAUACAAGGAUUUAAUCAAUUUCUCUACCUCUCUAAAUGCGAAACUUUAUUUCUAAACUAGCGUGCAUCAGUCCAUGGCCUAACCACCGGGAGUGAAUUUAUUAAGUAGGCUUACCAUUUCAGUUGAUUUAGAAGCCUCAUAAUCACUGUUGUGUUAUUGCUUCAUAAAAUUUCAACACGGAUACAGGAAGGUUAGUUAAUUUUCACCACACCGGACCAUAUUUACACUUCAUAUCCGUGUAUUUUGUAAUGCCUUAAUACUGGUGCAAAGCUCAAUAAAUUAGAAGACAUUCGUACAUUGCAUGUAAUUGAGCGUAGCUGUCCUCAAAGCUACUUGCGUUUAGUUGGACCACUAAGUAAGUAACCCUAAGGUUAAGCAGUGUUCUAGGUAAAAAUGUUAAGUCGAUUGAUCAGGCUAUAAGCAUUCUUCAACUUAAUCGGAAUGUGUGAAACGUAUGCCUAUCCAAUCCCUAUUCAGAUGUGCACCCAUUCUUUAUUUUUCUGUAACAUAAGUUCAGUGCUAUUCAGUUUAUUCUGUUUUGUUUUAUCCAUCUCAUCUUGUUUUUUACCCUCCUUAUUAUAAUAACAACUAUCAAAAAACUUAAGCUUCUCGAGUAUUUUCCACAGUUCAGCAGUUGAUCAGUUGCUUAUAGAUUAAAAAACUCAAUUUGCAAAAAAUAGGUCAAAGUUCGAAUCUCGAUCCACUCAUUUUAUAUUACAAACCCACGAAACAUGUAGUCCUAAACGGCGUAAUAUAUACUUGUACUCGCCGACAUUUCGCGAUUCAGUUAUGCAAAUAUCAUGCCAUGCUUGCGGGCACAAAUCCCCAUAUACAGUUUUAAUUUUUCAUACAACUCACCAACAAAGUAUGUUUAUUUGGUUGGCUUUAAACCACUUUAUUUUUGGAGACUACCAAGCUGCCCAAACCGAAAUCUGUGAAACGAGUUCAAAAUCUAUCACCUAAUGGAUUAAAUUAAGCCCUCAGUAUGAAGUAACCGCUAAAUGUAGUGCCUUACUAAUUCCGCACUUAAGAAACGAACUUAACAAGAAAAAAUUACCCCACUUUCGAACAAGUAUUUGUGUAUAACCUUAGUUUAUUCUCACUAAAAUUCUUUGUAACGACCUGUUAGUUCAUACUUGCAGUAUGUAUAUUCUAACGCGAUAGGACUAGUAAUUCAGCUAACUUAAUUAAGAUUCUUAAUUUUCAGAUAUUUGUGCAUGGGCUUCAAUAGUCUGUUGGCUCAUGCCUCUGUAAACCACUUACAUCUCCACUUAUGGCAAUCACCAGAAUACUUACGAGCUAUGUCCACAGUAAGUAAAUCGAUAUUUUGUGGUCAAUUAAACUAAUCAUGAAAUAACUUUUCCCUCCAGUGUAAACAUUGACCACUACAUUUCCAUACUCCGUAUGUUAACGUAGAUUCUUACUGUGUCGUGCUUGAUUGUAAAAAUGAUUUGCGGACUAUCAGUUUUACUUGAUUAAAGAAACGAUGUGCUUAGCUGUCCUUCAAGUCACAUAAAGUUAUCCAUGUAUAGUAUUUUUCAGUUUUUAAUGAAAGAGAGACUAAAAUGAUACGAUUAGUGUAGUCUGAUUUGUUAGCAUUUAACAUUCAGUAUAUUUUAUGGACGUACAAACUACUAGCUUUUAAAAUGGGAUUUACAGUAAAUACUAGCUAAAACUAAGAGUACUUUACCAAAAAACUUUUUGGAUCAAUUUUAUUAUCGAAACCAACUCAUGUCAACUAAAACUAUCUAAAAUAGCAUAAUCAGUCACUUUCAUUAGUAGCCAACAUGUUUUAGAUGCAUCUGAACUAAAGCGAAAAUUUUAGAAUUGGAAGUAAAACUUGGUAGUGUUCGACUGUUGGAUUACUUUCGUUAUGUUGACAAUUCGUUUUCAAAGUGACGCAUGACUUUUUUAAAACGUACCUAAUACGGAUGCACACAUAUAUCAAAAAUUAGCUGCGUAGCUCAAAGUUGAAACGAAGACUUCUUAGGCAGUCAUAUGAGUUUGUGGAUCAUGAUUAAAUUAUUCUUCUUGAAAAAAACAGCCCCAGUAAACUUCUAUGGUAUAUGUGUUAAGAUGUUACGUAUUUAAAGUUAGUAGAUAAGAAACCUUCUACUUAGUUUCCUUGUUGGUUGGCACUCGUAAGCAAGUCGUACCUAUUUUGGCACCCCUCUGCUGGUCUCAACACAUCCAUGAAGCUCAAAACUUACCGCACAACUCAGACUAUCAGUCAGUGAUUUAGCAUAUCCCGCCUUGAUUUGAUUUAGUUAACUCGAACGUUCAUACAAUUUAAUUCUACUCUAGUUAGCAUUAUAAACUCAAUUAGUUCUGUAUCAAGGCUCCACAAUAACAUAUUUUUUUACAAGUGAGUAAAACAUCAGUUCCGAUUAGAUAGUGGUGAGUCAGAUUGACAAAAUAUAAUCAGUUAGUUACAUAAGGUUUGAAAAAUUAUGUUUAAAACAAAGCGAAUUUUCAUAAUGAGUUAAUGAUUACCAAUAGUUACGCAAUUAAAAUUGGAUGUCAAUAUAGGUUUUUUUAUUUGUGAAAUUGAUGAUAAAUUAUUAGUAGGACGGGUGCAGUUAAAAUUAGAUAUGAUUCAUAAACAGGUUACGCAAUAUUAGAAUCGGAACUUGAAAUGUUAAAAAAUCGAAGCUCGGAAACUUUUUAAGAUAUGGAGAGGAAAGGUUUGGAAACAUGUAAUGGUAUAUAAGUAGAAGGCCAAGGUAGAUUCAAAGAUUGUGUAAACCUCUGUAUACAAAGGUUGGGUUUUUUAUGUGUAUUGCCAUGGCUUCUGUUAUAUGUAAGAGUCGGGUUUUGGAACCAUGGGGAAAAUUCGGUGAGAUUUUAUAAAUAACUUUAAACGCUGAAUUUUUAUCUAUGGGAUGACCGGUAUCGACCAGAUGCACUUUCAUUUGUCUUUUGGUCAGCCGUUAAGGGUGAUGCUCAGAAAUACGAUAUAUUUGUCUAGUUGUGCGUCCAAUAUAACAGGCUCCGUAGGAGCAGUUGAAAUUGUAAAUAUACAUAGAGGCAAAGAGACGAGGAAAUUUAACCUUAUUUCAUCAAAUCACUAUUGGCCGGCUGAGGAAAGUAAGACAUAAUCAUGCCGCGUUGGAUGUACGUUCUGAGGUUUUUGUAUACAUCGAGUUACUAUCACGCUGAAUAUAUCACCUUUGAACUGUAAUUUCAAUAAUAUAGGCUUUCUUGGUACCGUCGACGACUUUAUUUUAGGUUAAUUUGCAGAAAUAUGUUGCAUUAAGAACCUUAGUGGGUUUGCUUGCCUACGUAAUAAGUCCUGAAUAAGUUUUAGCUUCUCUUCAAGAAUGUCAUUAGAACAAAUGAUUUUGGCUCUGUGGGUCAAAUAUUUGGCUGUGUUUUUCAUCUUUUUAUGUCUCGAUGAGAAUAUUCAACGAUUUCUAGAUUCAUACGAAUAUUCGUCAAGAUUAGAACGAAUAGUUUGACAGAAAUUGGGC